CGUCGGGGUUCUUAGAAGGGGAGAUGAGUUUUCACCAUAACUGGGGCUCACGCAGGAAGCCCGAGGGAGUAGGAGGCGGAAACUUAGCCACAUCAAGGAGCCAAGGGAGGGGUGGGGAGGUGAAGGGGCGGGUGAGGAAGGGGCUGGGGUGUGAGGGUCUGAGACUCCCUCUUCUGUCCCCUCCAAGAUCCGGCCAUAGGCAUGAGGGGCCUCCGGCCGAGAUGAUAGUGCUGGCGCCAGCCGGGAGCCCAACAACCUCCCUGCUGCUGCUGCUGCUGCUCAGCCCUGGCCUCCGCGGGACCCCCGACUGCUCCUUCAGCCACAGCCCCAUCUCCUCCACCUUCUCGGCCACCAUCCACAAGCUGUCUGAUUACCUGCUUCAGGACUACCCGGUCACCGUCGCCUCCAACCUGCAGGACGACGAGCUCUGCGGGGCCUUCUGGCGCCUGGUCCUGGCCCAGCACUGGAUAGGACGGCUCAAGGCUGUGGCCGGGUCCCGCAUGCAAAAUCUACUGGAGGACGUCAACACGGAGAUACACUUUGUCACUUUAUGUUCUUUCCAGCCCCUCCCCAGCUGUCUUCGCUUCGUCCAGACCAACAUCUCCCACCUCCUGCAGGACACCUCCCAGCAGCUGGCAGCCUUGAAACCCUGGAUCACCCGCAGGAAUUUCUCUGGGUGUCUGGAGCUGCAGUGUCAGCCGGACUCUUCCACGCUGCUGCCCCCGAGGAGUCCCGGGGCCUUGGAGGCCACAGCCCUGCCAGCCCCUCAGGCCCCCCUGCUGCUGCUCUUGCUGCUGCUGCCCGUGGCUCUCCUGCUGAUGGCUGCUGCCUGGUGCCUGCACUGGCAGAGAAGGAGGCGGAGGACAGCCUACCCUGGGGAGCAAAGGAGGACACUGAGGCCCAGAGAGACGAGUCACCUGCCAGAGGACACAGAGCUGGAACUCCGAGGACGUCAGCUAGAGACUGGUCCCUUCCUCGACAGCGCUGCCCCGCUCACGCUCUCCCCAGGAUGAAGGCAACGCCAGCCCACAGCCCCAGCCCCAACUAUUCCCAUCUGUACAAACUCCUUGUCCCCAGGAAACUGUAUAUAAAUCAUCCUUUUCUACCA